AUGAAUGGUCACAAACAAGCUGCUCAUACUCCUGUGAUUCUUUGCUUUUGUGAAAUGACCACAUUACCCUGUUCAUCAAGUUUUAAUUUAUUUCAAAAAUUGAAAGAACAUGUACAAAUUCAAAAAAAGUACAAACAUGUUUGUACUCGGACCCAAUCCAUUUCUAAGAAAUUUCAGAAAUGGAAUAAAACCAUUGAAAAUGAUUCCAUGACACGUCCAUUCGAUGUGAAAAUUUCAUAUCAUCAUGAAUGUAUUUUAGUGAGCGAAUUACGAACAAAUUCGAUUCAAAUCUUUGAUUUGGAUUCAAGGGAAUACUUGAAUUGUGUACAAAUAGACAACACAUUUACUCAACAUUCGACUCCCAUUGGCCUUUGUAUUGAAGAAAAUUAUGACGGAUAUUAUAACGAUGCUUUAAUUUUAGGAUUUUCCAACACCAUCACCAAAUAUGAUUUGAAACAUAUAUUCAAUCACAUGGAAGAUGAUGAUUCGAUCAGAUUGUCCGAACAACGUGCAUGUUGGACAUGGCAGAUAUCGAACGAUGAUCGUAUUAACAACAUGUUGCGAAUGAAUGUUCAUCCAUUUCGAAAACAAUUAUUUAUUUGUGAAUUCGCAUUACGAGUAGUGACCAUUUUAGAUUCAAAAACUGGAAUGAAAAUUGGUUGUAUUCAAGAUCGAACGUAUUGCAUUCCAGUUUCAAUGGAUUUCACAAGGGAUGGUCGACUUGUUGUUGGGCUGUCAAAUGCCAUUCAAAUCUUUGCCGAACGUGAUGGACAAUAUUCAAGUCAAACAGUGAUUGGAACGAAUGGCAAGCUUGGAACCUGUGUUGGCCUCGCCCAUGAUCCCUCAUCAAGAAAUAUUUUCACAUGCACCAAACUUGGCUUUAUUCAAGUCGUUUCCUUGGAUGGAAAAAUUUUGAGAAAAUUUCAAUCGUGUACAACCUCGACAAGCUCCAUCUAUAAGAACCACUGUAAAAGCAAUGAAUUUAUUUGGGAUUCAAGAACAAUGCAAAGUGGAAUGUGUUUGAACAAACUCACAGGUGAACUAUUUGUGUGUGAUUGGACACAAUCAAGUGUUCAAAUUUACAAAUGA